AUGGCUUCGGCGGUCCUAGAUGAAGCCAAGAGGAUUUCCGCGGGGUUCGAGUACUCCCCGGAGGAGCUCAAUAAAGGAGUGGAGGAGUUUCUGCGUGAAAUGGAGGUGGGAUUGUCACGCGAGGGUGCAGGAUUGAGCCAAAUCCCCUCCUACAUCACUUCAGUGCCCGAUGGAACUGAGAAGGGUGUAUAUCUAGCAGUCGAUCUUGGUGGCACCAACCUCAGGGUCUGUUCCGUCAACCUGCAUGGAAACUCCACCCAUUCGAUGACACAAUCCAAAGCAGCCAUUCCGAGAGAGCUGAUGGUUGCUGAGCAUGGAGCAGAACUAUUCACUUUUUUAGCGAAGCAAAUCGAGUCUUUCCUACGAGAACACCAUUCGGAACAAUUCAGCUCUCAUAUUGAGAAAAGACAGACUGGCGAGGUGAAAGAGAAAUAUGCGGAAGAGCACGUCUUUGAUUUGGGGUUUACCUUUAGUUUCCCGGUUAUCCAGCAUGGAAUCAAUAAAGGUGAACUGUAUCGAUGGACGAAGGGAUUUGAUAUUCCCGAAGUUAUCGGCCAGGACAUCUGUAAGCUAUUACAGACCGCGAUUGACGAGCUCAAGCUGCCCGUUCGGGUUGCAGCACUCAUCAACGAUACCGUGGGAACGCUGAUGGCUAGAUCAUAUUGUUCUCCCGGAAGCUCAACGACAUUGAUAGGCGCUAUUUUUGGGACAGGGACCAACGGAGCAUACGUCGAGAAGAUGCCGCGUGUCACGAAAAUGGACAAGUGCAGCAGCGAUGCGUAUAACAAGUCAGCUCCAGAGAUGGUCAUAAAUGCCGAGUGGGGCAGUUUCGACAAUGCUCUCAAGGUAUUGCCAAAUACGGAAUUUGAUAUCCAGCUUGAUAACGAGACCGUCAACCCUGGGAUCCAGAUGUUCGAGAAGCGGAUUUCUGGCAUGUUCUUGGGGGAAAUCCUCCGUCUCGCCAUUCUGUCGAUGGUGGAGAAUCCGUCUGUAAGCCUGUUUGGCAGCCCAGCUACUAUUGACAAAAACUCGAUCCUAUAUCAAGCUUGGGCAAUUGAUGCCAGCAUCCUGAGUAUCAUCGAAGGGGACAACUCGGAAGGGUUACAGGUCACAAAGGAGCAGAUACAAAAAGAUCUCAACGUCACCGACGUCAGUACCAGUGACUGCCAGGCUGUCAAGUACCUUGCACACUCUAUUGGUAAACGUGCAGCACGACUGGGGGCAAUGGCGCUUGGCGCCAUCGUUAUCUCCAGUGGUCGACUUGCAACGGAUGAGGUGGUUGAUAUCGGUGUCGAUGGCAGCCUGAUCGAGCACUACCCCGGUUUUGAGGGGUAUAUUCGGGAGGCGUUUCGUGAAAUACCAGCCAUCGGACCGGAAGGAGAGAAGAAGAUUCGGAUCGGGAUCGCGAAGGACGGCAGUGGUGUAGGAGCAGCACUAGGAGCCCUGGUGGCCAAGAAGAUAUCUCAAACGCUGCAAGGUUAAGGAAGUGUUUUAAAA